UUUGCAUCAGAAUAAACAAAAGUAGUAAAAAAUGAAAAAUCAAAACCACAAUUACGUGAGUGUAACCAUCAAAGUGUUUAAUUCACGUGAUCGAAGUUAAAGUUUAUUCCUAGUCAGCAGUUGCUUUAUGAAAUCUGCGAUGUUCUUUCCAAAGAAACUGUUACACAAAUAAAGUAGCGCGCUUUAAAAAUAAUACUGCUGAUACCAUCUAACAAUGAACGUCAAAAUCAAUGCUGGCGCGGAAAUGUUCAAGAUUAUGAAUUCUUAAUGGCGCGAAAUGCACCCACUAACGGAACGGUAUGCGCCUGACGUGUAAGCCGCAGUGAAGGUAUUAAAAUAACAAAGUUAACCUCUACGCCUCCGCCUAGAAAAGAAUCAGUAUUAUUAUGUUUCUCUUCCUAAAUACUGUGCAAAUGUGAUACAUAAAGUUUCUAUGGAUCUUUAAAAACAACAAAAAUAACUCAGGCGAACAAAAUACUUGAUCUAUUUGAAAUGUAUUUAUAUUGGAAGAGUUAUCUAAGAAAAUCUUCGAACUUUAUCGAAUGAAACAUAGAAUUUGGAAAUAUAAAUGUGCAUCUUUAAACAUACAGUGAGCGUAAAAUGGCUUAUAAAGUUAUAAUUGCAAUACAGGUUUUAUUGCUCGUCAUAUGUAUAAUAAAUGUUUAAAUUGUACUAAAACAAAAUAAAAGUACAUCUUUCAUGCAGUAAUUUAUGUUUGUUCAGCCUUAACUAAUAUUUAAGCUUGAAACAUAUAUAAAUAAGAGUUCUGCAUGAAUACCUCUUAUUUAUAAUCAUAUACAAAUAAUGGCCAAAUCAAGCAAUCCUAAAGAAAGCGUUAAAGUUGCAGAAGAAAAUGUUCUUUGUGGUGAUAGUGCAAAAGAAUACCUUGAGCCUAGAUUCGAGUGUCCUAUUUGUUUAACUUGGCUACGUGAUCCAGUUUUAACAUCUUGUGGUCAUAAAUUCUGUUCGCAAUGUAUAUACACUUGGCUUCAAAAGGAAGGUGCAUGUUGUCCAGUUGAUAGCAAACCAUUAAAAUCUGAAAGUGAUUUGUUCAGAGAUUUGUAUACGAGCAGAGAAAUAUCACAACAACGUAUGCAUUGUCCUUAUCAACAGUUUGGUUGUGAAGUUAAUUUAUCUCCAGUGGAUAUGGAGUCACAUAUAAGUCAGUGCAUGUUUAAAGGACAACUUUCAAAUUCAGAGACUAUGCACUGUCACUUUAAAAAUGUUGGUUGCACAGAGACCUUUUGUACAGAAGAAGAUUUACAUACACAUUUAGAAAGAAAUAUAAAUCAACAUUUAACUAUGGUUGUGAAAGCAUUGCCCCAAGAAUCUGCUUCGCGAAAUAAUGUUAGCGCGCUAGUUGCUGAAUCAAAACUAUGGGAUCCACCAUCUAAAAAUGCAAGUUCUUUAGAAAAAACAGAACCAUCAUUAGAAUGGCAACAGUUGUUGAAAAAUUUGUAUGAACGAAUAGUACUGUUGGAACAACAGAAUAGAGAAUUGUCUAUAACUGUUUCUAAUCAGAAAACUCAACUUACAACUUUACAAACUUCUUUAAGAUUUAACCAAGAGGAAGUGUUUUUACGUAGUUGCAAUGGUGUUUAUAUUUGGAGAUUACAUUCCUUCCAAGAAAAACUUCACAGUAUGAUGAGUGACCCACUAAAAAUGUUUUACAGUCCUGGUUUUUAUACCAGUCUUCAUGGUUACAAAAUUUGUGCUAGAAUUAAUGUAUCUUCUAAAGAUCCUGAAUUUUUAUCACUGCUUUUACAUAUAAUGAAAUCAGAAAACGAUGACGGAUUGGAUUGGCCAUUUAAUGGAACAAUGUGCUUCAUUUUGGUACAUCCACAUAAUUGCGAAAAAGAUAUACGAGAAGUAACUUCGUCUAGGCCAAAUCUAGAAGCAUUCAGAAAACCAGUGUGUGAACUGAAUAAACGUAGUUUUGGUUACACUGAAUUCGUACGAAUUAGGGAUUUACCAGAUUUCGUACAAAAUGACAGUUUGAUUUUUAGAAUAGAAGUUCGCGUUUAUGAUAGAUUGCAAACACCGAACAUAAUAUAAUAUUAGCCAAUUUUCAGAAUUACCAGAUAUUUUAUUUGUAAUACGAUUUUAAAUUUUUUACACAAAACUUAUGUAUUAAAUAUAAACAAAUACCGUCCAAUCUUAAUGUGGUAAUUGACUUACAAAUUUUUAAUAUGAAUAUUGUUGUUCGAUACAACUGUAAAUAUUUAUGUAAAAUAACAUGACUUAUUACAUAUUAAAAUACAUGUAUGAUUUUUACAACGUCCUAUUUAGCAUUUAUCUAAUCAAAUUGAAGAAUCUCCUCGUUUUAUGGACAGAAUUUGGCACACGCGGUUGGCUAAAUAUUAAUCAUUCAAAAAGUGCAUACACAUAUUGAUAAAUUUUAGAUGGUACAAACGUUUUUGUCGAACCAGGUUCCAAAUAUAUAUUGUAUGUAGUUAUUUACAAAUAUUUUUAGAAUAU